AUGGUAGUCGAGGAAAAAUCGGAUGUUCGGCGCGUCUUUAAAGACUUUUUGCGCAAUAGCUAUAUAAGUGGGCUAAAGCCGUUUUUGAUGUACACGCCCGUGCGAUUUGCCAAAGCACUCUGGCUGGCGCUACUCAUCAUAAUUGUGGUCUGGACACAUGUUGUCAUUGUCAACCUAACGCUGCACUUUAUUGACCAACCCACCGAGCUGCGUAUGACCCCCACUCUGACGCAUGUGUCCAACAGUCCCUUUCUCGCCGUCGCCGUUUGCAGUCCCAAUAAAGUGAGCAAGCGUCUACUUCAUGACUAUGCAACAAAAAUCUAUCAGCACCAGUCGUCAUUGCUGAACUCUUCGUCGCCGUUCAACGUCGCUGGUUUUGUGGCAACCGAUGUGGCAGCCGAUGUGGACGAUAUGGCGCGCCGCCUGCUGUGGCUGGUUUAUUUCUAUUUGAAUGCCCACGACGAGCCCGACUUGGAGGAAAGCGAACUGUCCCAUCUACACUGGCUGCUCACCAGCUACUACAACACGAGCCAGUACUCGGUGCGUGACAUUUUGCGCAUUUUAUCGUCCGAUUGCGAUGAGCUCGUGGUGCGCGGUAUAGUCUUUGGAGCCCCAGUCGAUACCAGAAAGUUAUUCCUCCAGCGAGCCACAUCUUCGAGUAUCUGUUGUUUGUUCAAUUACAAACGUCCCAGCUAUUCACAGAUUCCAGAGGUGCGAGCCGAGCAAGAUGCCGAAAUGGCCUCCAAACCCGAAGUGGUAUUCGAGUCCAAUUCUAUACUUAACAGCGUACAGUUCGUGCUACAGGGAUCUAGUCCGGAUGACUUCACCUACACCUAUUUAAGCAACGAUGCGUUUCAGGUAUAUCUUUUUCAGCAAGAGGACUAUGCUACGAUACAGUCGAGUACUCUAGGUGAGCUACUUAUUGAUCAUAAUACAAUUGUUGAAAUACCCAUACAACCCAAAUUUUUGGAGUCUUCUGCGACGGUGCGUGGUGUUUCGCCAGAGAAACGUUUGUGUUACUUUCCAGAUGAGGGCAGGAAAUUGUUAAACUCGUCCUACUAUUCUCUGGAGGAGUGUCUAAUGCUUUGUCGCAUGGCCAGCAUGCUCCAACACUGCGGCUGCGUUUCCUCAACCAUGUCGGCAAGCACCGAUCAUGUCCCCGUUUGCUCAGUGCUCGACUUGCCCUGCCUAUUGAAAUGGAAGCGGAUUUGGUACGGAUUUAAGGAGUUCUCCUAUGUGCAGGACCACGAGGACGACGAUGAUCAGAACGUCAAGCAAUGUGGCCAUUGUCUACCCACUUGCAAUGGCGUGGAAUUUCACAUAACGACUAAUGUGGCGCCUCUGAGAAAAGCUUAUGGCAAUUCUGGCUAUUCCUUUGGCCUACUCAAGGGCCUCAAAAAUGAUCGUCCGCUGGCGAUAAUCAAGUUAUAUUUCAGGCUGCGAUACGCACAGGCAACGGCAAUGGACGUAGCUAGCGAUUGGGUGGUGUUACUCAAUCGUUUUGGUGGCAUUUUGUCGCUGAUGUAUGGCUUCAGCAUCAUCACUUAUAUAGAAAUAUUGUAUUAUCUGACUGGCAAAUGGUUCGUCUAUUAUUAUCGGGCUUUUAAGAAAAGGAACACAGCAACUGUCAACGCAGAACCUCCCACUAACGAGCUAUACUGGAAGGAAUUGUCACCGAAAGGCUUAACAUCACAGCAGCAGCAAUGA